GCUCCUCAAAGUUUGGUUAUAUUUUUUAAUUUUAAAAAUAAUCAAAAUUUUGCAGAAAAACUGUAUUUAAACGAGUCCUCCAACAGAAUCAAUUAUGUUCCUCAACAAAUUGAUUAAUAUAGCAAGAUAUCCGAAUAAUGUCAACCAGCUAUCAAAUCUGUUCCAAAGAUGCUUAAUAUCAUCAACACCAGCAGCUCAUAACAAAUUGACAGUUAAUAAGCCAUUAGAAUUUGUUGAUUUGAAAGAAGGCAAAGAUCCAGUACAGAAUGUAAACAAAAAGAUCCAGAAUAGUGAAGCUGGAAGAUUAUUUGCAGUUGUUCAGCUUUGUGGUAAGCAAUUUAAAAUCACUCAAGGAGACGUUAUUAUGCUUGAAGGAUUUUGGGAACCAACUAAUGGCGAUCAAUUGAGAUUAGAGAAAGUUCUGCUUUGUGGAUCACAAGAUUUCACUUUAGUCGGACGUCCAAUUUUACAAAAAGGAUUAGUGGAUAUUCAAGCAACAAUAAUUGAAAAGUCAUUAUCACAUACUAGAACUCAUUUCAAGUACAAGAAACGAAAGCAAUAUCGUAGAAUCAAUUUCCAAAGAUCACCGACAACAGUUUUAAGGAUCAAUUCUAUAGAAAUUAAUAACUCUGUUGAUCAAAAUGAAGCUCAAAAGCCUUCAGAUAAUGUCUUUUUCUAAGUAGCUGUAAUAAAAUCAUUUAGAAAUUUAUUAUUAGA